AUGGAAAAUGCCAUAGCCCGCGAUACACUCGAUGUAGAAAUGAGGGUGCUGCGUUAUGCUAUUCAAUCAAAUGCCCCCGGUUUUUUAGGAUACAACAGCAACUUGCAAAACGACAAAGCAUUUUUAAUAGCUAACUAUAACAGGGUUGAUGAUGCUGCGUUAAAAUUAAUGAUAACAAAUGCUUUGGCGGCUGCCAAAAAAAGCAAAUGA